CAUUUCCCGAUUCUGCUCUUCUUCUUUCCGCUGCAGCUCCCGAAAUUCCCCCCAAGCUGUCGGCAACAAGUUUUUGAGGAAAACCGGUAAAAGCUUAGAUUUUUCCCUUCUUUUCUUGUCCAAGAACCUGAUUUAGAACCCAGAAAUCUCCCCCCCUGCAGGAAGCUCCCGGAUCUGCUCUCCUCUUCCUCCCCUGUCCGCCGGCUGCUCUUGCUUGUGGCUGUGAUUUUCGGUCUUUCUUGAAUUUCCCCUGCACAUGCCGUCGGCCUUUUCCCCCUGCAGCUCCGGUUUUAGCUGGAGAAUUAUGGUUCUCGAUCGUUCUGCCAGUUAGCACCGUGAAUUGAGCCUUUGGUUUUAAGCGAGUGAGGUAAGUAAAUUUAUGGUAAUGCCCGCACUGUUUUUAAAAGAUGUUUUGACUUGUUUCUGAAGUGUUGGCAGGACUAAACCCGUUUUAUGCAAAAGUAAGUAUGACUGAUUUGAAGUGAAGUUUUAUGCUUUUCAUUAAAUUGAGCAUGCCUACUUGAAAUUUAAUCGAUUGUCCCGAUGAUUUGAAAGUGAUUAGUAAAGCAAGAUUUUCUGUUAACUUCUGCCUGUUUUGUCUCCGAUACGGUCAUGUUAUUCUGUUGCCCGCUAGUGGGAGGUCAAACGCUAGCACAUGUCGACAUGUUUCUGAUAGAACCGGUUCAUUCCUGUAAUCCUACUGGUGGGAGUUAAACACUAGUAAUUUUUGUUGCCUGCCAGUGGGAGGUUUAAACACUGGCCAUGACCUAUAGAGGAGACGUCUAUUUCGUUCCCGUACUUGUAUCCGUUUUCCGAUUACACUUGUUGGCAUGCUAUAAGUUUAAUUGACUACUACUGAACUUUAUUCUGCAUAAUGGUUAUCGUUGAGCAUUCCGUUUAUGUUUAAACUGUUUAUCUGAAAUGCUCAAAUUUUACCCACGGGCUAUCCAUACAUUUACUUAUUGAGAUAUUUUAUCUCAAGAUUUUUCCUUGUCCACCAUUUCAGGUAGUAUGACUCGAGACACGGAAACCACGGGAAGUGAUGAGUUAGAAGGCUAGCCAUUUCGAGAUUGAUAUAGAUUUUAGAAAUAAAUCAUGUUUUUUGUAAGAUAGAUUUUACCUUGUGAUUUUAAGUUUAAGUCAUGUUGGACAUAGAUUAUGGAAUAGAGUUUUGGAUUUGAAUAAGUUCCGAGCCUUGUGCGUUUGUGGGACCCGUCUCACGAGUGCACGGCGUCUGUCGCACCUCGGAUUUGGGUUCUGGGGCGUGACACCAUCAGUGCACAGACCUAACCUAACAUUCCUCAGUUCACUAGCAAACUCAAGGUGAGUGCUAUCAAAAUGCUUCCACGCCUCUCCACAUGCAAGAUGAAAAAUUUUCUCAUUUUCAUUAUAACAAUUUAAAUGCCAGGUCAUAUGCUUGGCAGUUUUCCUAGACAUAUACAAUCUUUGAAGUCUAGGAAUAAUUGGAAGAUACUACAAAGACUUUCUUGGUAUAGGCUUAGCAGAAUGCACAUCACGCUGCUUAAAUCGUGGCUCUUCACAUACUGGACACUGUAAAUAACACUGACUUUCAUAU